AUGUCUCAUCCCAUCAAGUUUUUGAAAACCGUGCAAAAUGAUGUCCCUUUGGUAGAGGGGAAUAAGAGCUUUUUUGGUGUUGGUGGACUCGAUGUCGCAUCUUGUUUGGAUAUGAUUUCUUCUAAAACCCUUGAAGUUCCAUUGCGGGAGAGCUCUAUCACUUAUCGUUCUAGCACCCUUACAUGGGAAGCAGAAGAUAUCAUGGCGAAGACUACCUCUUUACGGAAGAACACCCUCUUGUUGGCAUGGAAGGAAUACAUUUUGGUUUUGCACUUGUCGUUGGAUUCUCAGCUCUUUACAAAACCUUGGAAGUCACUUGAAGUCACCGUUAAGCCAGGAAGAAUUUUUCGUGUUCUCAGCUUUCUUCACCUCCGGUUUAUCUCUUUGUUUCUUGUAUUAAUCUAUUGUACUUCCUAUGUGUUUGCAGUCUCUUCAGCCUUUAGUGAUGUGUACUUUGUAGCAGGUCUUAUGCUGUCUUCCUCCUGUAAUGGUGGCUAA